GUGCCUAUAAGGGAAAAAUAAGUUUUUCCUUCUGGUUCAGCAAUUUUACAGUAAUAAAUUGAGGUGCUUCCUCCAGAAAAGUGCACACAGUUACAGAUCACCAAACAAUCCAGAGACUAAGAGCUGAAGGGGUCCAGCCAAAGCAGGCCAUGAGUAUCCUGGUCCAGGUCCUGCUCACCCUCCUGGUGCUGUCAGCCUGCCUGGGUGACGUGAUUGCUCCAUGGCCACACCCACUACGGACCAACAUCCUGAAGGAGAGCAUCAAGCUGCUGGAGCAGCUCCAGCAGAGGGAGGUUUCCUGUAACAAGAUGAAUGUGAUAAAUAUUUUUGCAGAUCAUAAGAGAGGUAACAAUACGGAGCUCUUAUGCAAAGCUGCCACAAUUGCUCAGGAGGGCCAGAGCUGCCACAGGUACCUCGGGGGCCUUUACUACAACUUGCUCAGCCUGGCCUGGGGGAGCAGAGCAAGGCACAAGGAGCCAUGUCCUGUGGCAGCAGGCAGCACCACCUCUCUGAAGAACUUCCUCAACAAAUUACACCAUGUCCUCCAAGAAGAGUAUAAGAAUCAGAAGUGA